AUGUCUGGCUCUGGGCAUCCGAACGGCGGCGCAUCUGCGUCGGGGAGCACGAGCUCGGCCUCGACACGCGUCUCCUUUGCGAUCCCCGGCGCUUCAAAGCUAAAAGCCGCGGGCUUGCCGACACCAUUAUCCCUCGACGCGCGCGCGCCGACAGCUGGUCUCCCGCUCAACCCUCUGCUCGCCGUGGCCGCUGCUGCCGCCUCCGGGUCUAGCAGCUCGGGCUCGUCUAUUGGUGGUGGUGGUGGAGGAGGAGGAGGAGGAGGCGGCGCGGCGUCGUUGCCGCCCAAGCCAACACACGCGCAGGGUCUCCCCCCACCGCGUAAUGGCGAGCACUUGCGGUGGAGCGCCGGACCGUCACGCGAACGUGAUCGCGACAGCCAUCGAGAUGGAUGGGACCGACACGACCGCGAUCACCGCAGCGACAGAGACAGAGAUUGGGACAGACGACGGUCACCCAGCCCGGAACGCCGGAGGCGCAGAUCACACUCGAGGGAGCGUGAACGCGUGGAUAGGUACUACCCGGAGCCAUCCCGGGACCGCGACGGGGGCCGCGGCGAGCGAUACUACCCCGGACGUGAUCGUGAUCGUGAUCGUGAACGCGACAGGCGACGCGACGGACGCGGCGACCGGUAUGAACGGUACGAUCGCUACAGCUCGCCAGAAAAGAGCCGCUAUGGCUCGCCAGAGAGAGGUGGCCGGUAUCCAUCCCCGACAAAGAGGUCGUCGCCAGACAAGGGCGGCAACGAGAUGAACGGACAUGGCCGGCGCCGCGACUCUCGCUCGUCGCCACAACGGCCCUUCCUCCCCCACCCGCCCCCUCCACGCGAACAACCUCCUCCUCCUUCACCACCUGCCGACGCGCCCCCACCACCAGAGACGUCCCCACCACCACCGCCAUCUUCCCCUCCUCCUCCACCUCCACCACGCGACCCGCCCGCGCUUGACCAUCGCCUCCCAUCGCGCCCCUUAUCCCCUCACUCGUUCAAGGGGACCCCUACAGGCCCAGCGUCAUGGAAGAAGGCUCCCCCAGCUGGACCGGCGUCAGCACGUGUACCCUCGACAACGCCGACUGGCCCAGCGUCCAUGUCGGCACCAUCAGCUCCCCACCCCCCUCCUCCUCCUCCCCCUUCGCACGAACCCCCUCCCCCACCGCCAGAGACAUACAAGCCUCCCCCCUGUGUUUCUCGUCGCCCUGGCGCCGGCUCUUUCCUCUACGUCAAGGAUCCCAAGACUGGCGCCGACGUCAAGCGCUUUGAUGGUGUCCUCGACGGCGUGUCACCUACGGUGCACGACCCACGACUCAAGCAGGCGGCCGACGUCCGUGGACGCGGUACCGGAGGCCAAAAGCAGCGAUCUCUGCUGUACACGCUCGAAUACGAAUGGGACGAGAAUUCGCCUGGUCCCCAGCCUCCUCCCCCUCCUACCGCUGUGCUCCUUACCGGCCUCAACGCGCUCACCACCGUCGACCAGAUCACAAAGUUCCUGCGCCCCCACGGACGUAUCAAGGAGCUCGACGCCAAGAUGGACACCAAGAGCGGCAUGCAGCUCGGUAUCUGUUGGGUCAAGUUUGACGGCCCAGCUCCCGGUCGCCAGGGUACCGCACACGACGCAGCAGUCUUGGCCGUCAAGGCAUGUACGGGCCAGCGUGUGGGUCUGGCAAACGGCGAAAGAGUCAAAGUCGUCCUCGACGGCCGUGGCUUGCGGGCUAUCCAAGCAGUCAAGGACGAGAUGGAGCGGCGGUACAAGCCCAAGCCCAAGCCUGUUGCUGCCCCCGCUCCGGCGCCGCCGCCGCCUGCCGCGCCGAAACCCAUCGAACCUCUGCAGCCUAAAAGCGAGCCUGCUCCGCCUCGCUUCGGACCCGGUGCCAGUGCCCGUGGCCGUCCACCACCUCCCAAGUUUGAUUCGUUUGGCCGCAACUUUUCCAGCCUGUCACGUUCGCUUCCCGUGCGCGGGUUUCAGCAGCGCGACACGGGCUAUGGCGCACGCGGCACGCAAGACGUUUCGCGCGACUUUCGUACGUUCCAGGACUUUUCGCGCGACUUUCACGGUCCGUCUGCGUCAAGGUUUGGUAGCCGCAGUGACUUGUACUCGCCCAUACACUCAUCGAGGUCGAGGUCGCGCUCCCGUUCCCGUUCGCGCUCGGUCUCGUCCUAUUCGUCCGAUUCAGACUCGGACAACCGCCCAGCGUACCGCCGCGGAGGAUCUCCGCCCAUCCGCGCACGCGGCACGGCUCGCGCCGACGUUGACCGCAAGGCGGCCGACGAGGCGGCAGUGGAAAAAGUCAAGACGGCACUGGCGACCAACUCGCGUGCGUAUGUCUUCAUCGACGCCAAGAGCCUCAAGCACGGCAGCGAUGUGAUGGAAGAGCACGUCGAGGCGCAUUUCCGCUCCUUCAAGCCCGAGGCGGUGCUCCACAACCAUGUCGGAUGGUACAUUCUCUUUGGCGACGACCAGGCGGCGUACCGUGCUCGCAGCUUGCUGGACAAUACCGCUGUCCAGGGCCACCGGCUUUCUAUUGAGGUGCGCACGGCGGCCGCCAAGAGUUCUGGUGCUGCAGCUGCUGCUGCUGCUGCCACUGGUCUGGGUGGUGCAGCACCUGCCACGCCUGAAAAGGGCGGUUGGCGCUUCCUCACCAUCACCAAGAAGCACCCGUCCGCCGCACCCAACCGCCGCGCCGCCGCGCCCCUCCUCAGUCCCAAGCGCUCCAAAAAGGUCGCCCUCGACAGCAGCCGCCGCCGCCACUCUGUUAGCUACACGUCAAGUGAGAGCAGUGACGACGACGACAAUGAAGGAGUUGUCCGCCGCCCCGCCGCCAAGCGCGUGGCUGAGAGCGACGACGAUGACGAUGAGCCCAUGGUCGUCGACAAGGCUGUCAAGGAGGAACUGUCACCCAAGGACGAGGCAGAGGUCUCCAAGAAGCGCGCGGCAAAACCAAAGGAGAAGGAGGCCAAGAAGAAGGCCAAGGUCGCCGCCGCCGCUGUCAAGGUAGAGGUCGAGGUGGCUGCUGAACCCGUCCCCGCUGUUGCCGAGAUCCACGUCCCUACUGUCCCCGCCGAGGUCAAGCCGAAACCCAAGCCCAAGCCCAAGGCCACGGCGCUGGACAAGCUCAUGACGUCUGGCGCAGUCGUCGACGACGAGGAUGCGUUUUGGCUAGGCCAGGCACUUGCUGGUGCGGCCGAGGACGAGCUGGACCUCUCGGACGGCGAGCCAGAGCUGGACGGCGCACAUCCGCUGUUCCACACGUCGGGAGCGUGGCGUGCAGAGGGCCGCAAGAAGAUUCCGCCCAUCCAGAAAUCCGCCUAUUUGCCACAACGCAACCGCGCGACCACUGCCGCUGAAGAUGCAGCCACGGCCACCGGCCUCGCUGCCGGCCGCACGGCACGUAUCACCGGCCGUCGUCUUGCCCUCGACAUGGACAUUCACCGCAAGGCCGCCGCGCCCAGUGCCGCCGCGGCCGCAGACGCCAGCGACCUGUUUGCGUUCAACCAGCUGUGUAUCCGUAAGAAACAGCUGCGGUUCGCCCGUUCCGCCAUCGAGGGUUACGGUCUGUACGCGAUGGAGACGAUCCAGCCCGGCGAGAUGGUGUGCGAGUACGUUGGCGAACUAGUGCGCUCGACCGUCGCCGAGAUUCGCGAACACCGGUACCUCAAGCAAGGCAUCGGUUCGUCGUACCUGUUCAGGAUCGACGGCGACACGGUCUGCGACGCAACGUUCCGCGGCUCGGUGUCGCGCCUCAUCAACCACUCGUGCGACCCCAGCGCCUCGGCCAAGAUUAUCAGUAUCAACGGCCAGAGCAAGAUUGUCAUUUACGCCAAGAAAGUGUUGCGGCCCGGAGACGAAAUCUUGUACAAUUACAAGUUUGAGCUCGAGAGCGAUCCGGGCCAGAGACUCGUGUGUCUCUGUGGUUCGGAGAACUGUACUGGGUUCCUCAACUAG